AUGUCCGUACGAAAUCUCACCAAUAAUCGUAAUUCCAAUAGUGAAAAUAGUAUUGCCGAAAGUGAAAACUCCUUUUAUUCCUCGAACGAGCAAUCGAGGCAAAGCUCAUCGAUAGAACCUGCUGACAAUCAGCAUGUUAGUGGAAGCGGUAAUCCUUUUCUUGGAAGUGAAGAGUUUGACGAAGACUACAUCCCACCGAGUGAAGACGACGAGCACCGAGGAGGAAAUAAAUAUUCCAGUUCAUCAUCUAUAAACUACAACAAUGAUCCGAAUAGCGACACUUCUCUCCUUGUUAAUGAAAAAAACUCUCCUGCAAGGAAUGGUCGAAGAACGUCUGAUUAUAAGGGCUACUAUGCCAAGAAUAAUUCAAACCCAGCUAAUAACUUUAACAAUCACAAUAACAACAAUUAUAAUAAUAACAUUAUAAGCAGUAGUAACGAUAACAGCUUUACAUCGCAUUUGCAGCCACCAGACAAAAACCUACCGUCACAUCCCUCUUCAAACAAUAUGAGUGCCUUUUCGAAUAAUAGCUUAAUUAAGUCUCCUCUACCUUUUGACAGAUAUCCACUAGUAGGGACGAGGCACAUUUCAAUGGCCCAAUCUCAAUCACAAAACCUUCUCAACGAAAAAAAAAGAGCGAAUAUGACUGGCUCAUCCUCUUCUGCUCAUGACUCUUCAUUAUCAUCAACCAACUUGUACAUGGGCGAGCAAGAUUUUUCACCUUUUGGCGGUUAUCCAGCUUCAUUCUUCCCAUUAACUUUGGACGAAAAAGAAGAUGACGACUAUAUUCACAAUCCAGAUAUUGAAGAAGAAGCAAGAUUAGACAGAAGGCGGUUUGUCGAAGACUUUAAGCAUAUGGAUAGAAGAUCUUUUCUCGCCCUCCUAGGUAUCUUAUUCUUAUUCAUGGCCGGUGUUGUCAUUUUCAUCGUAUUACCUGCCAUCACAUUUUCUGGCGUAGUGUAUCACCACGAACAUGACCAUGAAGCAAAUUCUAGAGGUUCAUCGUCUUCAAAUACUACAUCAAGGUCCUUGACCGAGUAUCAAUUUCCUCAACUUGCUGCUAUUAGGACAGCUCUGGUUGAUCCAGACACGCCCACUAGUGCUAAGACAAGAGAAGCGAAAGACGGAUCUAAAUGGCAGUUGGUGUUUUCCGAUGAAUUUAACGCCGAAGGUAGGACAUUUUAUGAUGGCGAUGACCAAUUCUGGACGGCGCCUGAUGUUCACUACGACGCUACCAAGGAUCUUGAAUGGUAUUCUCCAGAUGCCGUUACAACUACCAAUGGUACUUUGACGCUAAGGAUGGAUGCAUUCAAAAAUCAUGACCUUUAUUACAGAUCUGGUAUGGUACAGAGCUGGAACAAGCUUUGUUUUACAGAAGGUGCCAUAGAAGUUUCCGCAAAUUUGCCUAAUUAUGGUCGUGUUACAGGACUAUGGCCUGGUAUGUGGACCAUGGGGAACUUGGGUAGACCAGGCUACUUGGCCAGUACUCAAGGUGUUUGGCCUUACUCUUAUGAAGCAUGUGAUGCUGGUAUCACACCGAAUCAAAGUUCUCCAGAUGGCAUUUCUUAUCUACCAGGUCAAAAGUUAAGUGUUUGUACUUGUGACGAUGAAGAUCACCCAAAUCAGGGUGUCGGUAGAGGUGCACCAGAAAUCGAUAUUUUAGAAGGUGAGGCUGAUACAAUUUUAGGUGUCGGUGUGGCUUCUCAAUCCUUACAAAUUGCUCCUUUCGAUAUUUGGUAUAUGCCUGAUUAUGAUUUCAUCGAAGUCUAUAAUUUCACCACAACAACGAUGAAUACAUAUGCUGGUGGCCCCUUUCAGCAGGCUAUAUCCGCAAUCUCUACUUUAAAUGUUACGUGGUAUCAGUUUGGCGAGGAAGCGGGUUAUUUUCAAAAGUAUGCCAUCGAGUAUCUCAAUGAUGAUGAAGACGGUUAUAUCAGAUGGUUCGUCGGAGAUACUCCAACUUUCACACUCUAUGCUACUUCAUUACAUCCCAGCGGUAAUAUUGACUGGAGAAAAAUUAGCAAGGAGCCAAUGUCAGCUGUUUUGAAUCUAGGUAUUUCUAACAAUUGGGCUUAUAUUGAUUGGCAAUAUAUAUUCUUCCCUGUGACAAUGUCAGUAGAUUACGUCAGGUUAUAUCAACCUAAAGGUUCUGUCUCUGUUACUUGUGAUCCAGAAGAUUAUCCAACAUACGAUUACAUCCAGAAUCAUUUGAACGCUUAUCAUAACGCUAAUCUCACAAGUUGGGAACAGGCUGGCUAUACCUUCCCAAAGAAUGUUUUAACAGGAGAUUGCCGUAGUUCUAAAUUUUCAUUAUCAUGA